AUGUCCAAGUCCUCCCGACUGGGUGCUCCCGCAGUGGGGUCUAAGAGCCCCAGGUUGAGAAAAGAGCCACAGAGUAAUCGUUCAUGUAUGCUUCGGAUUGGAGAGAGGCUGAUGAGGGCCGGCAGUGAGGGGAACCUGGUUGAGAGACCCAUACCAGUCCAGAGCCGGAGCCAGGCCUCUUCAAGCAGACUCGCUCAAGGACCGAACGGUCGGACACAACCUAUAACCCUGGAGGACAAACCCACUGAGCAUACAGAAGAUAACUCCAGCAAAGAAAAAUCUCCAUCCAAAGUAUCUUCUUCUUCUUCUCCGGCUGUGGACAGCUGCACUGAGCGUCUGCUGCAGAAGAAACCAUACCCCAACAGCAGCCCGCUCUGUCACCCGGAGCCCCCCUCUGGUGGAGCGGCCCCCCGCUCUCCCAGCACCUUACCUCGGAGCCACAUUACUGCAGCCCGGGCCGCGGCCGGCAGGGACGGCCAGCUGGUUAGCCUGGAGGCGCAGCACUCUGAGGUGGAGAGGAAGACGGACGUGUUCCUGGACCACCUGAGGCAGAAGUAUCCUCACCAUGCUGCCAUUAUCAUGGGACACCAGGGCCGCGAGGGGGAACAGUUAGCGACAGCCCUUAACCUCCAGGAGAGGAGUGUCCACCCCUCUGAAAGCCCCCCCUGUGCAGGAGUGUUGGGCCUGGUGGAGCAGCAGGACCCUCUGACUGCAGAUACCAUGUCAGAUAGAGCAGUGAUGCCCCCCAUGGCCCCCUUUACAAGGGGCUGUAAAGAAAGAGCAAGUCUACCUGUCGGCUGGUUAAGGGGUCAGACGAGAGAGAGGCUGCCUGGUGUGAUGUACCUGCAGUACGGGGAGCAGACUCAGCAGGUCAGGCUGCCGGCGGAGCUCAGUGGGGAGGACGCUCUGCGGGCUCUCUUUGUCUCCGCCUUCCCUCAGCAGCUCACCAUGAAGAUGCUGCAGUCUUCCAACAUGGCCAUCUACAUCAAAGACACCAGCCGCAACGUCUACUACGACCUAGAGGACAUCAGGAACAUCACAUCCCACUCCUGUUUGAAGGUGUAUCACAAGGACCCUGCACAUGUGUUCAACCGCCAUGCCAGGCCUGAGGGGAAGAUCUCUAAAGAGGUUCUGUACGGCAGUCACAGUCCAGUCCACACCCUGUCAGCGUCCAGCCGCAGCCCCCUGCACAGCCUGCAGGGCUCCAUGUCCCCCCCCAUGGUCCGCUCCAUGCCCUCCUCUCCCUCCAGGAGGCCGUAUGGUGGGAGCACAGGGAGUAGGACUGGGAUGGUGGAUCCAGGAAGCAGCAUGUUACCAGGGGGGGGGCGAUCCAGCUCCCUGAGCUCCAGCAGCAGUGCCAUCCUGGAGAGGAGAGACGUGAAGCCUGAUGAGGACGUUGGCAGCAGUAAGGCCCUGGUGGUGCGUGGUGAAGGACGACCACAUUUCCCAGACUCCUAUUGUUCCUCCCUGCAGGAUGGAGGGGGAGGGGGUCGCCUCAGCUUCAGCUCCUCCCAGUGUAGCGCUCCCCCCUCUCUGCCUGCAGACAUGGUGGAUCCGGGGGUCACGGGGAUCCCGGGGGGGAUGAAGCAGUACCGGGCCUCCGUCAAACCCCUGAUGGACCAUGGAGACAGCCAGCAGACCCGCUCCCUGCACAGGCAGAAGAGCAGGAAGUUUGGAGACAGCCAGCUUCCAUCGCUGGGAACCAAAACCCCGCCCCCUUCCCCUCACAGGGUCAAUGAAGUCAGGAUGAUUGGCGGACAGAUCAUCGGAGGCGUGGGCCUGGUGUCUCCAGAGAGGAUGUCUCCGAUCCGCCGGUCCCUCCGGCAGGACAGUAACGGAGCCGGAGUGGAGAUUGUCAACAGAAGAAGAGGAAGUGGCUCUUCCUCCUCUACCUCGUCUGUUUUUUUGGACAGCCCUCUGGGACAACCAGAGAGACUGCUUCAUGGUCAUGUGACUAACAGCAACCCCCAGAGUGAGAGAAUGAAAGCCAUGGAGGAGCAGAUAGCCAGUCUGGCAGGGCUGGUGCACAGUGCUCUGUCUAUGGGGUCAGAUGUUCCAGCAGUCAAGGCUCUCAGGUCUGUAACAGCACACUUUAUCUCUUUAGUGAGCAGCAGCUCUUCAGAAUCAAUAUUGGCUGCUGCUGCACUGGUUGAGGGCUCCUCUCUAAUGUCGCCGUCAGCCCCGCCCCCCCCCUCGGACAGCGGGCUGCAGCAGAGCUUGGUGUUAGCGAAGAGACAUGUGUGUGAUCUGCGACUCCAACUCAACCAACUCAGACACUUACAGCUGUCAAACCAGGAGAGCCUGAGAUCCAUGCUACGGAUGGCGGGUGAAGAGCUGGUGGUGCUGAUGUGUGAUAGGCUGGUUCAAAGUGAGGAGGCAGCAAACAGACGGCUGGAGAUGGAGCAGGAGAGGAUCCACUAUCUGACCGCAGAGGAGAGGACACUCGAACAGCUCCAGGAACUGGAGGACUAUGUGGUGCGUCUGCAGCGUAGCUCCGCUCCCAGUACCAAGCAGCUGGCCCCCACUCUGAGAGAGGUGGAGGAUGGAGCGGUUAACCUGCGGCGGGUUGGAGAAGCUCUGGCCCUCCUCAAAGGUGAGUUUCCAGAGCUGCAGGGGAAGCUGCGCUCAGUGCUGAGGCUGGAGGUGGAGGCGGUGCGUUUCCUGAAGGAGGAGCCUCAUAAGAUGGAGUCCAUGCUGAAGAGGGUCAGGGCCCUGACGGAGGCCCUCAGCUGUCUCCGCAGGUGUGUGUCAGAGUCAACCCCACCAGCCACAGCAGCUCAGGUGGAGACUCUGAACGUCCCGGGAACAGACCAGGGACCCGUGAAGACCCAGAGCCCCCAGAGCUCCCCCAAACCCCAGCCCCGAUCCUCCGUCAGACCUGCUCCACUCACCCCCUCCCUCCCUGGGGGUCCCGCUGAAGCCUCCCCCGUCAUGGCCCGCAGAAUGAACGCUUCCACCUCAGUGAAUCAGCCCCCCCACCACCAGCCCAGCCCCCCACUGACUCCCACCCAUGGGAGAGACUCCCCCUCUGUAGCCAAGGUGAGUCCUCGCAGCAGAGAGAGCAGCCCCGCCCUGCAGAGGAGGCCCCUGCAGCCCCCAACACAGGGGGGCCACACUGACCAGACUGCAGAGAGACGGACUCCAGAGGGCAGUCUGAGUGUACAGACUCUCCCGCCCACCACCAACACACACUGUGACCAGGACCUCCAGGAAGCACAGGCCAGCCUGAUGCAGUCUGUCCCUGCGCCAGACUCCACAGAGGGAUGCUCUGCUUCAGGACAGAGAGAUUCCACAGCCUCAGUGGAGCAGCAGGAAGUGAUACCUCCCCAGCUGAGGGAGUGUGUGGGCUCCACCCAGUUAGAUGCCCGAGACUCAGCUCCAUCAGCCUCGCAGCUUGUUACAGUCGCUAUAAAGCCUCCACCCUCAGCCCCCCCCUCAGCCUCUCCCAAAACAGAGCACAGCAGCCGGCCACAGGUGGAGAAACCACGGCGCACCAGUGUGGACAAGGCCAUGAAGCAGAGUCCAGACAGGGGGGGGAAGUCUCCCCCUCCUCCCCCAACACGGAGGUUCCACGCUGUCAGCUCAGGACUCACCACCGGGAGCUCAGGAGAAGUGAUAUUCACCACCAGGAAGGAUCCGGGGGGAGCCAAGGAUGACAGUGAGAAAAAGCCUCCUGGGGUUCCUCAGCCCAAACCCUGGAGACAGCCCCCAGAGGUGAAACCCAAACCCACCAUCACCAUUCCUAAAGCCCCGACACACAUGGAGGAAGAGGAGGAAGACGACAAGUUCAUGAAAGAGCUGCAGGUGACUAAAGCACUGUCAGGUAUUCAUUUGCCAGGUGGAAAUAAACAAUGGAAUGGAGAGAUGUCUCAGGUGGCCAAUCAGAAGCCUUCAAUGAUGGCAGCAUAUGAUCACCAAUCAGCUCAUCAGAUGGGAAUUUCAGAACAAAUUGAAGUUAGUAAAGAACAUGUACAUUCUCAUAAGAAAAAAGGACUGGAGGAGAGUCUGGUUAAACAAGGGUAUUCCCUAAACUGUGCAGCAGUAGAGAAGAUUGUACAAAAUGCUCAGACUGCCCAGAGGAAGGAGGUACCAACACCAACCCAUAAGAAAGCAGGCAAGGUGGAGGUUCUUACAGCUAUAACUUCACAUAAAGAAAAUGUUCUUACUUUGAAAAGUCCUGAUCGGAUUAAUAAGGAGUGUGUUGGUCAAAUGAGUUCACCUACCACAGCAGAGAAAAGGAAGGUCACCACCAUUGUUACUCUACAUAAAGAAACCAUUCAAGCCACUGACCUCACAGGUCCUGACGCCACAAAAGAAAAAGCUGUCAAAGAGAAACCAGCUGAGGAGAAGUCAAAUAUGACAGUAGCAGAAACAUAUGAGAAAGAAGACUCCCCCAAGGAUGGCUUGAUACAGUCCCAGGAGAAACUCCUUAGCUUAGAUCAGUGUGUAACUUCUCCACAUGUCCCAAAAAUGUCCCCCAGCAGGACGGUCAGCCACAGCAGCAGGCAGCAGAACCUGCAGCCUUCCCAGGACACGACCCAGGACACGACCCAGGACACGACCCAGGACACAUCCCAGGACACAUCCCAGGACAGGUCCCGGGACACAGAGGAAGGAGGGAAUCUGAGCCCUGAUAGUUUGGACAAUGAGGGACCUCCUCCUCCUCCUCCUCCUCCACCUCCCACAGGUCAAAUCCACCUGAUAAUCACCAAGAGCCACAGAGUCUUGGAUGGCCCUGACACACAGUCUGGGUCUGGGGACAGCAAUGGUGAACUCACUUAUGUCUCGUAUGAAAACCAAGGUUUUGAGGACAGUGAUGACUCUGAUAAGAAACCUAUAAUUGUGAUCUUGAAUGAGCCUAUGGACAUCCAGUCAGCCUACAAGCGUCUGUCUACCAUCUUUGAAAGUGAGGAACAUCUUGAUAAGAUUCUUUCUACAGAAAGUGUUGUGGAUGAAGAUGAGUUUCAUUAUGAAGAAGACAAACAGGAAAUGAGAAAAAUUGGCAACAGUGACAUCAACACGGGUUUAGAGAUCACAGGAAAUGGUCAGAUAUCUCUACACAUGCAACAACAAAGACCUUCAGCAGGUAGCAGCACAAUACCUGAAAACCAGGACCAGGGUGAACCAGAUUUCCUUAAAAAGCCAGAGACCAAACGAAAGUUCAAAUUUAAGUUCCCCAAAAACAAACUGAGUGCAAUUAGCCGGGCCAUACGAACAGGGACGACCAAAACAGGAAAGAAGACUCUGGAGGUUGUUGUCUAUGAGGAAGAGGAAGAGAUAGUAUUGGACAGCAAGUCAGCGAAGGAGACCAAGAAGCAGACAAAAGAAUCCAAGAGGUCUGAGACCAGCAGUCCCAGACAGGUCAACUCUGGUGAGAGAGACAUCCAGGUGUCCCUUAUCACUGUCAGCAGACCCUCAAAGUCACAUGGCCGGGCAGAGAGGCCCUGCAACAGUACGCUCGACUCUAUAGACAGUCUAGAAGAGUCCAUUAAACAGCUGGAGAUCAGUGUAGACAGCAUGGCGGGCCCCCCCUCCCCCUGCAGCAUCGGGUCUUUACCGCCUCAGUCCCCUGAUUCUUCCUUGGACUCCACUGACAGAGCUCAGUCUAAAGUCAAACGGGAAAGGGAGAGAAGCCUUUCCAAGAGGCCAGCCUCUCAGGUCCUCAAGGGCCCCAAUCCACCUCAGAGUAAGAGGUCCAAACCACAGCCUCCACCUGACACAGGGAAAAGCUCCACCAUGAAACAGACCUACAGCUCCAGUUCUUCUGCUCAGAGGCCCCUCACCAGGUCCUGCCACACGUCCCCCUCUGGCCCCCCAGAGAAGGCCCAUAAGGGCCCGAAGCAGCCCGGCCAGGUAAUGAGCUCUGCUGACUCGGUGUGUGUGUGUGUGUGUGUGUGUGCGUGUGCGUGUGCGUGUGCGUGUGUGUGUCCACAGGCUGUCAGGGAAAGAGCCUCUCAGACCCCCUCCUCUGGGAAACCCUCUCUUCUUCCUAGCCCUUCAAAGUGUCCGUGGUCUCCUUCCUCGGCCCAGCUCUCCUCUUCCUCUCCCUUUGUCUCUCCCCCUCGCUCCCCCUCUCCUUCCUUCUCCUUCUCCCCUCCUCCUCACAAGUCUUUAAUCCUGUCUCUGAAUCUGAGUCGUCUCCUCCCCUCGUCUAGCCACUUCUUGUUGCCAUCCCACGCUGACGUCCCCCCUGCCCAGGGGCCCCCCCGCAGCAGCAGCAGACGCAAGCCCCCCCUUGCCUUCACCUCCACCUCCCCACACAGCUACUACUUUUCUUCGUCCUACUCUUCAUCCUCGCCCUCCUCCUCCUCCACCUCCUCCACCUCCUCCUCUCUGUCCCCCACCUCCUCCCCAUCCUCCUCCCUCCUCCCCACCGCGGUGAGUCCUGGGCCGAGGAGCAUCCAGAUGUCAGCGUCCAGCCUGCACUCUCCAGGCGGGGGGGGCAGGAAGCGCAGCGGAGGUCAGCAGGUCCUGCGACCGGGGGAGGGCUCCAAGGACGCAGCGUGAUGCUCCAUCAGACUCCGUGGGGGGGGGGGGGGGUGCUCACCUGUCAACAAGUGGUGGGUUAGCUUGUAGAACAAAUGUAAAAUAUCUGGCCUGAGUCUGUUUUAGUUCCAAAACACACUCGAGCCCCACCGACACACAGGCAUGUUGCAUUAUGGGAUGUUUCAGCGUUGCCCAGGUGUGUCUUUAUUGCUGUUGAAGUCAGCACAGGCAGAUCAGAAAGGUGGAGCGUCACAGGGUGAGUCCACUAAAGAACACACUCAGCGUGACAGACACAUGAAGAAGAGCUUUGGAUUGGAUACCAUAGAUAUACAGUUUUGCGGGGGGGUCCAUUAUAGUGCCGAAUGAUUUGAGGGGAAAUAAUGAAUGCAUGUGAUAUGAUUCUAUAUAUAAAAAGGAAUGAUCAUUUUUGUGGCUAAUCAAAGAAAUAAAACCUAAAACUGGGUUUAAAACGUUGGGGCACGCCAAUCUUAAGGCAGGAACAAUGUCACUGAACGUCUGUGUUCAUUUGUUUUUUAUUUUCUUGUAUUCCAAUAAUACAAUUCAUCGAGAACAAUG